GAUGAGGAAAUAAAGCUUUUUUGAAGUUCCCGCUAAAAAAUACUUACUGAUUUAGCAGAGUUAUUGUUCUUGCAGGAAGUUGAUGAAAAAUAUGGCGACAUCAUGAAAAGAAAAACAGACACUGAAUAUCCACUAUUACAGAAGUUUGCCUUCAUUUGAACUGGAAGAUGGGAUAUGAAGUAAACAGAUUUCAGGGUGAUGUUGACGAGGAGCUGAUAUGUCCUAUUUGUAGCAGUGUUUUAGAAGAACCCCUACAGGCUCCAGCGUGUGAACAUGCCUUUUGUGCAGCAUGUAUACAGGAAUGGCUAACACGUCAACCUACCUGCCCUGUGGAUAGAAACCCCAUCACACCCAACCAACUUAAACCCGUCCCUCGCAUCCUACGUAAUCUACUGUCUCGUCUCCAAAUCACAUGUGACAAUGUCGGUUACGGCUGUACAGCUGUGGUCAAACUCGACAUGUUAGCAGCACACCUACAAGAAUGUGAACAUAACCCUAAGAAACCAGUCCAUUGUGAACUUGGAUGUGGUCUUGUUGUGCCAAAAGAUGAACUUAAGGAACAUAAUUGUGUGAGAGAGUUACGGAACCUUGUACAGCAGCAGCAACACAAAAUGGCAGAAAUGCAAACAGAAUUGACAGAACACAAAUUACAAAUAAAUGAACAAAAACGAGAAUUACAGCUUUUAAAGGAGUACAUGAGAUCUAUGCGAGUAUCCAAUCCAAGAAUGAGAGAAAUACAAACAGAAAUGGAACAUGCUGAUGUUAUCAGAUGGAGUAACAGUUUACAGGCUGCCAGAGUGACACGUUGGGGUGGAAUGAUAUCUACCCCUGAUGCUGUAUUACAAGCUGUGAUAAAACGGGCAUUGAUAGACAGCGGUUGUCCAUCACAUAUUGUGAAUGAGUUGAUGGAGAAUGCCCAUGAACGACGAUGGCCAACUGGACUAAGUACCUUAGAGACAAGACAGCUAAAUAGACGACAGUAUGAAAAUUAUGUGACUAAAAGGAUUCCUGGUAAACAAGCAGUUGUGAUGAUAUCUUGUGAAAAUCAACAUAUGCCUGAAGAUUUAAUAAUGGAACCUGGAAUUGUCAUGAUAUUUGCUCAUGGAGUAGAAUAAUCAUUGUUUAAAAUAUUUUGUGAUAUCGACGAUCUGAUUAAACCAUGACAGACAAUAUUUAUAAUGUAAUUGUAGCUUUUUAGCUGCUUGAUUUUCUUGCUGUUUACACAUAAAAUGUGAAUUUAACCAAUUUUAUUGUUAAUUUUGAGGGGGGAGUGUACAUAAUAAUGUACAUAAGAUGCAUAUAUUUGUGUGUAUAAAUAAUCAAUUGUAUUUAUUUUUUUAUGUUUUCUCUAUAUCUCUCUCAUAUGUUAGUGUAAGUAAGCCAGGUUUGGGGAAAAUUUUGAAAAAUUAGUUUGUCAGCUUUAGGGGGUUUCAGUAUUAUAACUAGUUAAGUAUCUUAUCUUCUUAAAAAAAAAUGAACAUUUGUAUAACAUGAAAUUCCACAAUUUCCAUAUAGAGAUGACUGCAGGGGCGGAUCCAGUCGUUUUAAAAAGGGUGUUCCCAACCGAGUACAAAAGGGGGGGGGGUGUUCCAAUUAUAUGUCCCCAUUCAAAUGCAUUGAUUGGCCUGGAGAUGCUAAUGGACUGCCUUGUUUUAGGAUGAUUGUUUUUAAAAGUACUAUGUGCAUUCAUUGACAUGAAGUAUGUCAGACUCAGGAGCUCAAAAUUAAAUUAAUUUUAGAGUAGGACCGCCUAGAAUUUUAUUUAAUUUUAAAAUCCGAGGUCUGAUUUUCGAUAAAGAAAAAUUACAUGUUUAAAAUAACUUAAGAAUGGAAGGUUCAGGACCACGCCCACCUGUAGAAAUCAAGAUCAACCCUGGUCAUUAAUUUGAACUUUUGAAAAGUUAGAAGGGAUACAUGUUCUUUGAAGGAUAUCAUUAUUUUGACAAAUCUUAUUAAAAUUACACAUGGAUUCAGGACUAUAGAGUCUGCUUCUUUCAUCAAAGGUUGUCUGAUUUGUAUUCAAAUAAUUUGUAUAUAUUUCUUAGACAUGACAAAAAGUAAGUAGUGUAGAUUGUUGUACCUCACACUAACUGUAUACAUGUAUGAAAAAUUUGAGAAAUUGACUUUUUAUUUAUUCAAGUUGAGGAAAAACAAGCACAUCCGAGGGAAUAAUUUAUUUUUGAUUUAAGAGGCUUCUUCUCAGUAGAUUUCAAGUCAAAGCUUUUAUUAAAAAGAUUGCAGUCUGAUGUCUGCAAAACCUUAUUUAAUUCUAUGUAAUUGAGAUUCCCAGCAUAAGUUCCAUGUUCUUGGGAAAAAAUUGUCAUAAAAGGUGAUCUUCUCGCCGCAUAAAAUUUUAGGUGUCUUGGGGAAAUUUUGUGACAGCUUAAAAUUAUAUUCACAAUAAAGGAAGUUUGUUAUUUUAUUUUGAUUAGGAGGCUAGAGUAAAGUUGCAUAAUAGGCAUUUUUUUUAUAUUCCUGUUCUUAUUAUCUUUUUUAUUUUUAAGUUGAAAAAAAAUGAAAAACACUAAUUUGAUUUAUUUCACAAACUCAGUCUUUAGUUUGUCUGAUUUUUUUUAAAAAUUGUUGGCAAAUAUCAAGUGGGAUUUUACAUAACAUUGAACAGUUUUGUUUUUAUAUUUUAUGUUGCAUUUGUCUGUAUUCCUUGAAAGAAGAUGACCAAUUGCAGAAUACAUGUAGUAUAAAUAAAAAAACUUGACCAUGUAAUAUAAUUAAUAUAUAUAUGUACUCCAUACAAUGCAGUGAUUUUUGUUUAUAUGUAUUUUUUAUUUAUUUUAUUAUAUAUAAUAAACACAAGUGUAAACUAUAGACAGAAUUAUUAGAAAAUCACAAACUGAAUAGUAAGUAUUAUAUCCUUUGAUAUUUGCAAUCCAAUUGAAAUAUAGAUGCUGUUUACACUCUUUGCUUGCACUUAUCUGCAACUCUUUUCACAAAUAUCUUACAUUUAAAAUUGAUCAUAAGUUAACUACAAUGUGUAUUUUUACUCGUAAGAUUUUUUGUGUAAAAAAAUGUACUGACAACGUUCCAUUCUACUUUUUGUUUUAAAGACAUUUCAGGAUCUUCAGGUUGUAUAGUAAUGAUACACACAACUGCCACUUCAUUUGAUGAUGUAAUAAUCAACAAAUAGAAAGUAUAACAAAGUGUUGUCAUAUCAUUGUUAGCAAAGUGUGGAUACAUUUUGUACAUGGUGUGUAUUUUAUACAGAUUGAAAUAUAUGAUAAUGAUAAGCAUUUUAAAAACAUAUCUUAAUGUCGUAGAGCUGCUAUGUUGAAAGCAUUUGUUUUUGUUUAACAACCACACUUCUGUCAUUAUCUGAUUCUCAUCUCCUUUUAAUACUAUAAAUUCAGAAAUUAUUGCGUGCAUUUAUUAUUGCAAUUUUGUCAUUUUAGACUAACAUGCGAUUUUAAUUUUUGCAAUAUUCAGAAAAAUCCUGUUGGAUUCAUACAAAACAUUUCAAAAUGUCAGUUUUAUUUAUUGUAAUGAUAACCCUGUCACUUCUUUGCAACAAUAAAUAUAUUGCAAUAAUAAUUUCUGAAUUUACAGUAUAUUGUAGAGCUGCUCUGUAGAAUGCAUUUGUUAUGUAUUAUAACCACAAUUCUGUCAUAAACUAAUUCUCAUCUCUUCUUUUAGUAAUUGAUUUCUAUUGUUUUAUUUUUAUGCUGAUGAUGAUCCGUAGAUAAAAUUAAUGCAAUAAAUAAUGUAUAAUGGAAAGGUGGAAA